GUGCGCCUAAGGCCAUGGUGGGCAUCUCUCUCUCCCUUCGAUUUUUUGAAAAUUUUUCUUUAUUUUAGCUUUAAUGGUAGGAAAUUCCAACCAUAACCAAUAAAAACUAGCAACCAACUUUCCCCGAAAGAAAAUUGUGCUUCUUUACCCGGGUUUCUAUUGUUUAUGCUGCUACCUUUUGGAGGAAUUGAGCGAGCGAAGGAUACAAGAUAGUGAAUUGGAGACCUGAAUCGUUAUCUGUAGAAUAAAUUGAGAGAGACUUUGACUGAAUUAUGGUAAAUCUUUGAAUAGUGGAAGCAUAGAAACAGAUAUUGAAUUGCUUGUAUGGCAUAUGGGUUUCCUUAUUUCUCAGAUAUAAAUCCUUUCCAUCUUUGUCUUUACCACUAAUAUAUGUUUGUUGUUCCCUUGCCUAACAACAUUUCCGCGUUCACAAUCACAUUUGAGUGGAGAAAAAUGUUUUUCCUUCAAACUAUUGUUAUACCAAAAUCUUUUUCACCUCUUUGUUCAGUAAAGGUUGAGCCUAAUUUGCUGUUCGUUUCAUCAAUUUCUUCUCAAAACCCUGUUUAUAAUCCUACUUUAGGCACUUUUAGUCGUCAGGAAAUUGUGUUGCCUUCUCACAUUUACUGUGGACGCAGCACAAAACCUUUAUCUUGCUUUGCUGUUGCAAGGACAUCUGGUUCAGAGCCUGACCCUGACACUAGCUCCAAGCCCAAAGCUAAACCUAAAACAAGAACUCACCAUCCAAAAGCUCUGGAUUCUCAAAAGGAAGAUGAAAAACCUGGAACAAUCUUUCCAACAACGAUUCCACGCAAGCCAAGGCGUGGUCGUAGGAGUGAAGCAGCUGCAGUCGAGGAUUUUGUUCGUGACUCACUUGAACAAACAUUUGCAUCAAUUCGGCAGCAGAACCCAGAAGCUUUAGAGAAUAAGGAAAAUAUAAUGAAGGACAGAGUUAAUGAUACUGUAGAUUCUGAAACCAGUGAUGAAGAUGAUGAUGAUGGUGACAACGAAUAUGAAGAUGAUGAUGAUGGUGACAACGAAUAUGAAGAUAAACAUGAUGUUGGUAGAGGAAAAAGAAAGAAAAAGAAGAUGGUGGUUGAGGAGGAAGACCCAAAUUGGCCAUUGGAUGCUGAUGUGGGUUGGGGAAUCAGAGCAUCAGAUUAUUUUGAGAAGCAUGCAAUCAAGAAUGUUGUGGGGGAAGAUGGAUUGGAGAUUGAUUGGGAAGGGGAGAUAGAUGAUAACUGGGUGAAAGAGAUUAACUGUCUUGAGUGGGAGAGUUUCGCUUUUCAUCCUAGCCCACUAAUUGUUCUUGUUUUUGAAAGAUACAACAGGGCAACUGAUAACUGGAAGACUUUGAAAGAGCUAGAGAAGGCAGUCAAGGUGUAUUGGAGUGCAAAGGAUCGACUGCCUCCUCGGACGGUGAAGAUAGACAUCAAUAUCGAGAAAGAUUUGGCAUAUGCUCUUAAAGUUAAAGAAUGCCCUCAAAUUUUAUUUUUGCGAGGAAACAGGAUCAUUUAUAGGGAGAGAGAGUUCAGAACUGCAGAUCAACUGGUACAGAUGAUUGCACAUUUCUACUACAAUGCAAAGAAGCCUUCAUAUGUUAAUUAUGCAGCUCUAUUUCCCCCUUUUUAGUUUGUUAGCUGAAGGUGGACUAUGCCAAGCAGGAGAGCCUUACCAGUGUAUUAUCAGCUGGGACUGUCAAGACAAUAAAGCUUGCAAGAAGGAAUGCAGCACCAAUUACCGGCGAGGCCGUGGAUUCUGCACAGGCAGUCCUAAAGCCUG